AUGGGUCUUGGUAGUAGUAGUUUAAAUAUUCCAGGUGGUGGUACAGAAGGUUUUCAUGUUCUACGUGUUCAAAACGGUUCACCAGGACAUAAAGCUGGAGUAGAGCCUUAUUUUGAUUUUAUUGUUAGUAUUAAUGGUGUUCGACUUGAUACAGACAAUGACAAAUUUAAAGAAAUUUUAAAAGAAAAUAUUAAUAAACCAGUUGAAUUACUUGUUUAUAACAGUAAAACACAAGUUGUCAGGCAAUUACAAUUAACUCCGCAUGAAAAUUGGGGUGGCCAAGGUUUACUUGGUUUAAGUAUUCGUUUUUCUUCAUUUGAUAAAGCAAACGAAAAUGUAUGGCAUGUACUUGAUGUUCAACCUCAUUCACCAGCUGCAUUAGCUGGUUUACGUUCUAAUACUGAUUAUAUUAUUGGAGCUGAUACUUUAUUAAAUGAUGCAGAAGAUUUUUAUGCAUUAAUUGAAAGUAAUCAAGGUAAAUCACUUAAACUUUAUGUUUAUAAUUGUGAAAAUGAUUCAACACGUGAAAUAAAUCUUACACCAAAUAUUGGAUGGGGUGGUGAAGGUAGUUUAGGUUGUGGAAUUGGUUAUGGUUAUUUACAUCGAAUACCACUUCGACUACCUAAUUCUACACCAGUAACAAAACCAAAUCCAUUAAUACUUAAUGGUGAUAAAGCUCCAUUACUUUCAGCAAUACCUCCACCAAAUAUGACUACUGGAACAAAUAUGAGUUUUACACUUCAACCUGUUAAUAUGCCACCAAUAACAGUUACAAUGCCAAGUUUACUUAUCCCACCACAAAUUAAUACUAAUACAACGAAUGAGACAACAACAACCACAAAUAUAUCUACUGAUCCUAGUCAAUUUCAUAAACAAUUCGGUGAUAUGACACUGAACCCAUCAUCGUCCAAUGUUGUACCAACUGCUGUUCCUUCAAGUUCUUCAAAUUUUAUACCAACUUUAAGUAAUAUUCAACCUUCGCCUCUUCCGUCUCAACAAUCAACAAAUACAGCUCCUACUAAUCAAUUACCGCCGAUCAUCCCACCUCCGGUUAUGCCUCCAUUCAAUCCUCAACAACAAUAUUUUCAGCCUAUACCUUCUUCUCAAUUCUUUAACUCUCAACAGCAACAACAACAACAAAUGCCUUUUCAAUUCAAUCCUACUGCAAUCAAUACUUUUCCAGCAUCUGUACAACAAACAUCUCGCUCAUCACCAUACACACACGACACUCAAAAUCAAUGA